AUGGGUGGAUCUGCUGGCCGGAUCAGACAAUGGAGGUAUUUAAAAGUGAGUCUUGAUGACAAAAGGUUACUAAUAUUGGUGGUUCGGGGUUCAGAAUUUUACUUUUUGUUGUUUACUACUAGUUUUAUUACUGGUUUACGUUAUUUUCACUCAACUCUGCAACGGUUUUUGCCGAGAUUUGCGUUGGGACUUUAGUGAAAUUUAUAAAUUUUUUAUUCCUUAUGGCUUAUCGUCGUAUUUUAGGAUGUCGGAGGACAGGACAUUAAAAGAGCAGGAGCAGACCGCUCACUCGCUCCGCAAUUUUGUCUUCUUCUCUGUGGCCCUAACCACCAUGGCCACGAUUUGCAGCGCCUUCGCCAUUCCGCUGGCCUACACUCAGAUGCAACACUGGCAGUCGGCCAUGCAAAGUGACCUCGAGUUCUGCCGCGCUCGUGGAGGCAACAUCUGGCGCGAGGUGGUGAGGACUCAGAUCCUGGCCAAAGUGAUGCCAAAACGCCGACAGCGCAGAGACGUUGGCAUCUCCUCGUUGAACUAUGAUGGGAAUGGACCAAACAACUACCCACCAUCCUUGGAGCCCAUUCAUGGCGGUCCAGAUAAUAGCUAUGACAGCCAUGAGGAUCAUCCAGUAGAGCACGCUCAUCAUGCGGCUUCUGCCCCACACGGAGGGCAGUGCUGUGGAUGUGGCGUCAGCCCACGAGGUCCAGCUGGUCCUCCCGGCCCCGAAGGCCCUCCAGGAAAAGAUGGACGCCAAGGAAAGAGUGGAAACCCCGGACCCGAAGGCCCACCACCAAAGCCAGCGCCUAAACCUCAAUGGUGCUUUGACUGUCCUCAAGCCCAUCCCGGACCGCAAGGACCACCCGGACCAAAAGGAGCUCUUGGAAACAAGGGUCGACCAGGCCCAGUUGGACCAAAGCCCUUGCCCGGACCUCUUGGUCUAGUUGGAGAGCCCGGACCUGAAGGACCACCUGGUCCACCUGGACAAGAGGGUCAUUAUGGACAUCCAGGAAGAGUUAUUGAAGGGCCCGUCAAGGUUGGACCUCCAGGCCCACAUGGUCCUGCCGGUCCUCAAGGACCUCAAGGUCCCGAGGGACAGGAUGGAAAUCCAGGAAAGGAAGGAGAAGCUGGUAAGUAACAGUUUGACAGCAAUUUACUAGUCCAAACUAGCGUUUGUUAAACAGCUUGCGUAGUGUAAAAACAUAUGGCUAGAAACUCUAAAAUACAAGCUGAUAACCCUCACAUUUCAGGAGAACAAGGAGAACCAGGACCAGAAGGAGAGCCCGGCAAAGACGGUGCUCCGGGAGAAGGAGGUAUGCCCGGCCUCAAGGGUAUUGAAGGAAGCUGCGACCAUUGUCCUCAGCCUCGCACUGGUCCCGGCUAUUAA